UGAACUCCAGCCCGGAGUCCUGUACCGUUAUUGCUCCAGUUGAAGUAGAAGCUGGUGCUGAUAGUAUGGGUGCAAUUCCAGCAUGAACUAAAGUCCAUUCAUUUGUUCUGUACAGAAGCGCUGCUGGUGUGCAGCAUUGGUAGACAGAGGCGUGGAUGUAGCAAUGGUGCUGGAUCUGGGUGAGAACUGCAUGGAGCAGGCUAAUGGAGGAGGACUCUCAGAAAAUGUCUCAGACAUGUUGGAACCAGAGCCCAGCACAGAGAAACCCAAACCAGUGAGAGCCAGAACCAGCAGUAUUACCCAAAGGGACAGACCCACCCACAAUGGGCCUUGUACCACUUCAGAUAGCAGCUCCCACAUUCAUCGAAGGCUCAGAGAGUCGGAAGGUAAUUGCAAAGUUGAAACUGCGCAGCCGAGCGAAUCUGGCAAACAGGCAACACGCCGAAGGCCCCUUAGUCUUGAGAUCAAACCACAGCGAAUUCGAGCAACAAAGCAGCCAGUGCCGAAGGUGAUACAGCCACCAUGGCGCAGUGGUGGCCCUUCCAUGCCCAUGCGAAGCCUGACAAGCCUGAGUUUGAGGCCUGGAAACUGGCUUCGCCGAAGCGAGAGCACUUGCACGAUGAACUCCACGACACCCUCGCGUGCUGGCAGGGGCCGAAUGAGGCCUGCCACCUCCCUGCCACAUAUUGCCAGGGGUCUUGGACCACUUCCCUCGCCAUCAACACCUCGUGGGCCAUGCCUGCUUGUGGCUCUUCGCCCGAUAAACCUGGAACAAGAGCGUGAGACCUUUUUUCACUCCAACUAUAAAUACGAGCCCCAGUUUGAGUAUGCCUCCCCAGAGCCCAGCACUGUUUUGGAGAAGUACAUAGAAGGCUCUGGUCUUUUCCUUUCCCAGGCAGUUAGAAUUAUGGAGUGUGUCUUGAGGAAGUAUGGUACCUAUGAAAACUUUGAAGAAGUCACAGGGGGCAACUUGCUACCAAAGAGUCAAGUGUGGGCUGCCACACGCAAAUACUUGCAGAAGGAGGGCUGUGUCGGUGAGGUGGUUGUAUCUCUCUCCGAUGAGCUUCUAUCUCAGGCAGUAAUGCAGGUGGAGAGAUGUCGGCCAACACUAACUAUCAACCUGUCAGGAGCGCGUCAACACUGGCUAGAGGGCUUGCUUAGACAUGAGAUUGGCACGCAUUACUUACGGGGUGUGAAUAACAGCAUGCAGCCAUGGGCCACUUCUGUCGGGAGAAAGCAGUUUGGACUGAAACCAGCUAAUCCGACUGAAGAGGGGCUCGCCAGUCUUCACAGUGUGUUGCUACGGAAACAGCCCUUCUUGUGGCGAGCUGCUCUGCUGUACUAUACUGUAUACCAUGCCACUAACAUGAGCUUCAGCCAACUGUUCAGCCAUAUCGCUCACUUUGUCCAAGAUCCUGCUGUACGCUGGGAGUACUGCCUCCGUGCCAAACGAGGACAAACAGAUACCUCUAUACCAGGCUGCUUCAGUAAAGAUCAGGUCUACCUUGAUGGAAUUCUAAGGAUUUUACGUCACAGGAGGAACAUUGAUUUCAAGAUAUUAACCUCUCUUGGAAAGGUGUCCUAUGAAGAUGUUGACAGACUUCGGCAUUUGGCUGUUCUCAAUGGAACAAGAAUUCCUCACUUCAUGCAGGAUGAAGAACGUUAUCUUCAACACCUUGACCACAUUAUCACAGUCAAUGAACUGAGUGACGCAGAGCUUCAAGAGCUCAUUCCAUGAAGAUCUGAAUCUACCACCAUUCACAAACCAUCAUAUAACAUUUUUUAAAAUUAUUUUGCAAGGCCAAAAAUCAGUGUCUGGAAAAUUGGGAUUACAAUGAUAUUACAUUAAUCAUGGUUGUGCCCAAAGAUUGGAGAAGUAAUUUGCUACAUUCAGUGCCAUAAUACCCAGUAAGAUUGUUCACAAAUGCAAUGAUUGUCAGGUUUGUAAAACCAGAUGACUUUCAGGCAAUGAGGGACAUAGGGUAUGUUCAGAAUAGCAUAUACUACUAUACUAAUCAUACUAUUUUUGCAGGGUUUUUUGUGCUAAUUUUCUGUAUGUAUGAAUUACUUGGAUGACUGGCUACAUUUGCCAAAAUGUGUUGUAUCCACCUUUUUCCUGAACGUGGAAGUGUUCCACGAUUCGACUGUUUUCAAUUUCCAGUCUCCAGUGUUUUUACUCCCAUCGGCAUAUAUUCUUAGCGUCCAAUGUGAUGUUUAAGGUAUUACAUUUAUAAAAAUGGUAAAAAAACAAAAACAACAACAACAACAACAUGUGGCUCUUCUAUAGUGGAGAUACUAAACAGCCGAGAUGACUGUUUUUACUGACAGUGCCUCAACCGAGUGUGUAGACGACAUGAAACGAUGGUCUGAGUUUAGUUACGUUGAUAUCAUUAGCUACUUUGAGUUGUUAUGACAGCCAACAACAGCACAAGUUGAAUCUGAAAUGGAAAAAAUCUUAAAUGGUUGCUGUUCUCCAUCUGGAUCACUCGUUUUGGUAGUUUUUACAUUGUGUCUCGAGACAAGAAACAGAAAACAAGCAAAAGAAUCAUCGUGGCAGCCGACCAGUGGUUGCUCAGGAAAACUGUGGAUACAACCAGAGCACUGUGUGGAAUACUGUUUCCCACAAUACCAUGCUCUCUAGUUGUUUACCUUCCAUUUGAAGUGUUUGGAUUGAACUGAAAGUGUUAUCUACAGCAAUCUUUCUUGACUGCCAAAACUAAUUAUUUAACUAAAAGUAAUGAGCUCAUAUGACAACAAUGUAGCAAAUGUUUGAAACAUUUGUCAUUGCAUAUUAUUUCACAAACUUGUAUGCACAGUAUGCAGUACGCUAGUAUUCCAUUCUGAACAUAGACAUUACUCACGAGAAGAUGAAAGAUGGUUAUGUAGCAUUUUAUCUGCGAGGGCUGGGUAAAAAUAUAGAUUUUCCAAUUAAUCGCGAUCUUCAUUUGAAAGAUCCCGAUAUUGACUCCCAAUCCCAAGAUCAAUCUUUUACUUUUACGUUACAGUUUACUUCAGUUUUGGUUGUGUUGAUUAUUAUAUCUGUUAAAUAAAUAGCAAUUACCUGUACACCUACUUAUUCAUGCAGUUAUCAGCCAAUUGUGUGGCAGCAAUGCAGUGUAUAAAAUCAUCCUGAUACGGGUCAGGAGCUUCAGUUAAUGUUCACAUCAACCAUCACAAUGAGGAAAAAAUUUGAUCUCAGUGAUUUGGACUGUGGCAUAUUUGUUGGUGCCAGACGGGCUGGUUGGAGUAUUUCUGUAACUGCUGAUCUCCUGGGGUUUUCACGCACAACAGUCUCUAGAGUGUUAAGAGAAUGGUGCCAAAAACAAAAAACAUCCAGUGAGUGGCAGUUCUGUGGACGGAAACGCCUUGUUGAUGAGAGAGGUCAACGGAGAAUGGCCAGACUGAUUCAAGCUGACAGAAAGGCUACGGUAACUCAGAUAACCCCUCUGUACAACUGUAGUGAGCAGAAUCACAUCUCAGAAUGCACGUGUCGAACCUUGAGGCUGAUGGGCUACAACAGCUGAAGACAGAGGCGGACUGGCCAUCAGGAGAACUGGGACUUUUCCCGGUGGGCCAUCCACGAAACGGGGCCAUGAUAUGGCGAAGGGGGCCGUGAAACGAUGCCGCGAUAUGCAGAAGGGGACAGCUAUACACCAAACUUGAUUAUUUUUGUAUUGUACAAAGUUAGAAGGUCUGCUGUAUAAUUUACAGCAUUAGCUAAGAGAGAAUUCAUAUGUGAGCAAAAUUGACUUUAUAACCGAAAUAUACCCAAAUGAAUCAGAAUCCAAUCAAAAUUGGAAAUCUCUAUCGAUACCCAGCCCUAUUUUUUGCGCUCAAAAUGUAUUGGGCACGAACUAUCAUGUAUUUUAGCGAUAUCUCACACAAGGUAUUCAAGGUGUCAACAUAAGGAUCUAUGUGAGCACUAAAUUACUUAAACCACACAGUAUUUAUAUAAGAAUUCUUCUCUUCCACACUUGAACCUACACGAGCACUACAUUUCGUGUUUUUCCUGUCUUCUACUAGUGAAUUUUAAACCUCUUUCAAAGUCUCAGUCCAUUAUUUAUUUACCUCUUGUAUUCAUAUUAAGAACCGAAUGUCUGUGGUAUUAGCUUUAUACUCCAGUAGCAAAGUGCUUUUUUUUUUUUUUUUUUUUUUUAAACUAGUCUAGGUAAGCAAUGCAAAAAAACACCAAGGAUGACUCAGUUCAACACAAAGCUCCACAGGAACUGUUCAGACAGGGAACAUAAGCUAAGAUUUUUACAAAAACAAGAAAAGUGCCUAAUUAAUGAAAACAAUCUGUUCAUACUUUGGCACUGUUUUAUUUCUCAUCUGGCUUCAAAUAGAACUUGCCACUAUCUAAAGGGAUAGUUUACCCAAAAAUGAAUUUUUUUUUUCAACAUAUUUUUCUCACUUUCAUAAGUAAAUGAUGACAAUUUACAUUUUUGGGGGAAUUAUCCCUUUAACUUGUUUCUGUGAAGAGACAAUCAGUGUUCUACUAAGAGUACCCUUGGUGGUCUUCAUUAUCAAUGCUAAUGUGAUGCGACAUCUUUGAAGGCAGGUUCAACCUUUCAUACCUGUUUAAAGCAGUCCAGCUGGCCAGCUUCCUCACUGUGCAUUUCCAGAUUGUGAUGGACUCAGGAACACGAGCAGUGAGGUCAUGUGGAUGUGCCUUAUAUGGGUUCAGAGCUCAUGUGUCAUAUCAUGGUUACAUGUUAUAUGCUUGAAAUUAAACACCCAGUAUUUACUUUGUGUCUGCGCUGCACGAAUAUUGCACAUUUUACAAUAAGUUUCUGUUAACUAAUUAAAACAUGAAA